GCGGCUGCUUGGAGGGGCGUGCGGCUCCGCCCUCGUCCCCCGCCCCCGCCGCCUCUCGGCCGCGCGGCUUGGGCGCGGAGCGUUCGGCGGGGUUGGCUCUCCCCUGCCGCUUCGGGAGGGCGGAGACCUCUCUUCACGUGUCCUGCCCGCGCGUCCACACGACCGGCCCUUCCCGCUGCCGCGCCGCCUCCCCUUCUCCGGAACGGGGCGCGGAAGGGGCUCCAGAGCCGCGUUCUCCCGCGGGGUCCAGGCGCUGCCCAGCAGCUCGGGAGAGGCAGCAUGUUCGCCGGCGCGCCCGUCUUGGUAAUUGCCCUGUGCCUGGCAGCGCAUCCCGUCCGCGGGGGCGGGAAGAAAUUUUAUCAUGGAAUUUGUGGGGGUCGCGAUUGUACAGCUGGCUGCAAGUGCUUUCCGGAGAAAGGGGCGCGGGGUCAACCAGGACUAAUCGGGAACCAAGGACCAAUGGGCAUUGAAGGCUUUACUGGACCAGAGGGAGUGAGAGGACUGAAAGGAGAGAAGGGUAUAACAGGUCCUACAGGUGCAGCUGGAAUGAAGGGAGACAAGGGCCCAAUGGGUGUUCCUGGAUUCCCUGGAAUUUAUGGCGUUCCGGGACAUCCCGGUCAGCCAGGAUCCAGAGGUCUUCCUGGUUUAGAUGGCUGUAAUGGUACCAUUGGAAGUCCUGGUACCUCCGGGUCAGAUGGAUUGCCUGGUCUCCAAGGACCACCGGGUCGUCCUGGUCCUAAAGGCCCAAAAGGUGAACCUUUUUAUGCCCCGGGAAUUUUUAAAGGAGUGAAGGGAGAAAGUGGUCUUCCUGGACUGGAUGGUGCUAUUGGACCGAAAGGUUUUCCAGGUCGACCAGGCCCUGCUGGCCCCAUCGGGCUACCUGGAUUUCCGGGACCACCAGGUUUCCCAGGUCCCCCGGGACCUGUGGGCAGUAGCAAUCUAGUUUUCCAGGGAGAAAAAGGAGAAAAAGGAGAUGUGGGAUUGCCAGGACUAGCAGGCCCUCCAUCUUCCACAGGGACAGAAGAAUAUGUUGGAGUGUCCAAAGGACAGCGAGGAGCAAAGGGAGUUCCUGGCCCCAAAGGAAUUCCAGGUCUACCAGGAGCUCCUGGACGUCCGGGUUUCUGGAGCUUUGGAGAAAAGGGAGAAAAAGGCAUCCCUGGUUUACCAGGACCCAGGGGAGACAUGGGACAGAGGGGACCGGAAGGAAGCAUAGGCAGAAAGGGAGUCCUGGGCGAAUCAGGAUUUCCCGGUUGGGACGGAUCACCAGGCGGAAAGGGUGAAUUUGGAGAUGUGGGUCCACCAGGCCUUCCAAUAAUUGUUGACACAAGUGGUGCCAUCAUAUCAGGUCCCCCUGGAGAACCCGGCACACCAGGAAACCCUGGAUCUAGAGGAGAUAAGGGGACUGUUGGUUUGCCAGGAUUUCCUGGGCAACCAGGAGGACCUCCACCCCUUCCAGGUCCCCCAGGUUCACCAGGAAUCCCAGGGAUCUCAGGAGUUAAAGGUGAACCAGGAGAGCCCGGAAGGACCACAGUUGGAUCUCCAGGCCUGCCUGGGAAAGAUGGAGCUGCAGGGUCACCAGGAGCUCCAGGGUUACCAGGUGCUUCAGCAUACCCAGCAGGUGCAAUCCUUAGAGGAGAACCUGGGGAACCAGGUAUUCCGGGGCCAAGGGGGCCCCCAGGAAUCUUUGGCCUAAGAGGAUAUAAAGGGGACGGUGGAGAUUGUGCUUGUGAUGGAGGAAUCACGAGAAUAGGCUUGCCAGGAGAGUCAGGUAACCCUGGUCAACCUGGAAGACAAGGUGAUGUUGGGCCAAAAGGAUCCGUGGGGGAUCCAGGAGAUGGUAUACUAGGUCCCCCUGGACCACCCGGUUUCUUGGGUCAACCUGGUCUUCCAGGCAUUAAAGGACAAAAAGGGGAACCAUCUUCAGCCUCAGGCAGAGGACCUCGAGGAGAUCCAGGGAAUGUUGGCCUCAGGGGUCCUUCAGGGCCACCUGGAACUCCUGGUAGGGAUGGUGUGCAAGGUGUCCCAGGUCAACGUGGUCCUCCGGGUGAUGAUGGAUUUGGCUUCCCGGGGGACAAAGGUUUCCCUGGUCUACCUGGUUCAAAGGGGAAGCGUGGUGAAAUUGGCCUACCUGGCAUUGGUUUUCCGGGACCAAAUGGAAGCUUUGGACCUAGAGGUGAUCCCGGGAUCAGUGGCAUUCCAGGACAACCUGGCCCACCAGGGCCGCCAGGUGAUUGCUGCUGCGGUGAGGAGGUUGGUAAUGGAGACUUAGACGCUCAGGGAGGAGAAGCUGUGCCGUGCAUAAUCCCUGGAAUCAUUGGUCCACCUGGACUUCCGGGACUUUCAGGGUUGCCAGGUUCCAAGGGUAGCAAAGGAUUCCCUGGUUUUCCAGGGCAGCCAGGUUUAAAUGGCUUAAAAGGAGAACCAGGCACACCUGGAGUGGCUCGGUUCCCAGGAAUGCCAGGGUUUCCUGGCCCUCGUGGAGAUCCAGGUCCAAAAGGACUACCAGGAAUUGAUGGAGCGGAUGGGCAGCAAGGUCCAGAAGGCUGUCCUGGUUUGGUUGGUCCAAAUGGAGACCCUGGUGACGUGUUUGGGGCUGAACCAGGACCCCAAGGAGAACCUGGGGUACCUGGCUUACCAGGAGAUAAAGGCUUUCCUGGAGAUUUUGGCUUUCCUGGAACACCAGGUCUGGAUGGAAAGCCUGGCCUGCCAGGUAGAAAAGGGGGAUUUGGAGAACCAGGUCUUCCAGGCUUUGAUGGACCGCCAGGACCACCAGGACCAGGAGGUCCAUUUGGCAUCAAAGGAAAACCAGGUCCCUUGGGAACAAUCGGCCUUCCAGGAUCACAAGGCUGCCAAGGACUUCCGGGAACAAAAGGACCAAGAGGAGAGGCUGGUACACCAGGUCCCGCCGGCAUGAAAGGGCUUCCAGGUCUUAAUGGACGGCCAGGAGAGCCAGGGGAACGAGGAUUGCCGGGACCUCCAGGUCUCUGGGGCCCAGACGGAACUCCAGGUUUCCCCGGAUCAAAAGGUGAAAAGGGCUCGUUGGGUGUGAUUGGUUUUCCCGGGAUGCCAGGCCCACCUGGGCUCCCUGGCGUGGAUGGCCUCCAAGGAACUUCUGGUGAACCAGGAAGAAGUGGAAGCCCUGGGUUUUCUGGUUUCCCUGGCCCCAAAGGGGACAGAGGUGUCCAUGGUCCUCCUGGCCCUCCCAUUUUCGUACCCCCAGAGGUGGCCCUCAGAUUCAAAGGGAAUAAAGGAGAUCCUGGAAUGGUUGGACAGAGAGGGUAUCCAGGACCAAGAGGGGGAAAAGGACCUCCUGGGGUCCGUGGGCAGCCAGGACUUCCAGGAAGAUACGGAUCACCAUCUAGGGAGAAAGGACAGCCAGGAGAGCCAGGGUUUCCAGGAACGUUUGGUCCUCCUGGGUUAUUGGGACAAAAGGGAUCUGGUGGCAUCUCGGGCUUUCCUGGAAUGCCUGGGGGAAGAGGUGCAGAAGGUAUACCAGGCUCACCGGCCCCCCCAGGAAUUAUCGGAUUGCGUGGUCCAAAAGGUGACCGAGGGGAAACCCGAGGAAUCCCAGGUGGUGUGGGACCUAAGGGCCAACGAGGAGACCAAGGGCUGCCAGGCAUCACAGGUGUCCAAGGAACAAAAGGUGACCCCGGAUACCCAGGAGAUCCUGGACUAAAUGGACAGAAAGGUUCACCAGGGAACCCUGGACAAGAAGGACCAAGAGGCUUUCCUGGAUCUGUAAGAGGCAACCCAGGUUUUCCAGGGAAUCCUGGGCAACGUGGAGCUCCAGGAUUCCCUGGAUCUCCUGGAUCUCCUGGCCCUGCCGGACCAAAAGGAUACCCAGGAUUUCCAGGACUGACUGGCCUAAAUGGUUUACCUGGCACUAAAGGUUCACCUGGAAAACAAGGCCUGAGUGAAACCGGACUCCCUGGACCGGCGGGAAUUCCAGGGGUCAAAGGUCAACGAGGUGAACCCAGUUUCCACUUUGGAGCUUCUGGUCUUCGCGGACCAAAAGGACCUGCAGGAGAAAUAGGUCUUCCUGGGAGCCCAGGUGCCACUGGUGUGCGAGGCCCCCCUGGCAUCUCUUUGCCUUCAGACCUUCCUGGAAAACCUGGUGACGCUGGACAUCCUGGAGAAGAUGGGCGACCAGGCUUCCAAGGACCUUCUGGGCCACCAGGACCACCGGGCCCAGCCUUCAAUCAAGGUGAUCGAGGUGAUCCAGGCCCCACCGGUCCUUCUGGCUUCUCAGGCCUCAAAGGCAAUGCAGGCAUCCCUGGAUUUAGUGGAUCCCCUGGCGAACCAGGUUUCAAAGGAUUCAGAGGGGACCCAGGUUUCAUGGGAAUGCCCGGGAAAGAUGGACCAGUGGGUGAUCCAGGUUUCCCUGGGCCAAAAGGCAAAGUAGGCCGUCCAGGUUUUCCUGGGCUGCAAGGAUCUCCAGGCUUAACCCAAACACCAGAAGAUAUCAGAGCUCCUCCUGGCUUAAUGGGAUUGCCCGGAAAUGAUGGGAACCCUGGUUUAAAUGGAGACCCUGGCUUCCAGGGGCAAACUGGAUCACAAGGUCCAAAAGGAAAGGGAGGCAUACCUGGCCAGGUGGGCAUCAAUGGCUUACCAGGUUCUCCUGGGAUGGUAGGAGACCCAGGUUCUCCAGGAACUGUGGGGCUACCAGGAUUUGAAGGACGUCCUGGGAAUCCAGGUCUGGCUGGGCUGCCCGGGAUGCCAGGGCGUAGCGUUGCAGUGGGCUAUACCUUGGUGAAACAUAGCCAGUCAGAGCAGAUUCCUCCCUGUCCAGUGGGCAUGAACAAACUCUGGGAAGGUUACAGUUUGCUCUAUGUGAAAGGCCAGGACAAGUCCCACAAUCAAGAUCUGGGUUUUGCUGGCUCCUGCCUGCCUCGCUUCAGCACGAUGCCUUUUAUUUAUUGCAACAUCGACGAAGUGUGCUACUACGCCAGCCGCAAUGAUAAAUCAUAUUGGCUUUCCACCACGGCUCCGAUACCCAUGAUGCCCGUCAGCAGCUACCAAAUCGCCCAGUACAUCAGUCGCUGCUCAGUGUGCGAAGCACCGUCCCAAGCUGUGGCUGUCCACAGCCAGGACAUCACCAUCCCACAAUGCCCUGAAGGCUGGCGCAGUCUCUGGAUUGGGUACUCCUUCCUCAUGCACACGGCUGCCGAAGGCGGUGGCCAGUCCCUGGUCUCCCCUGGAUCCUGCCUGGAGGACUUUCGUGCCACUCCGUUCAUUGAGUGCAACGGUGCCCGAGGAACGUGCCACUACUUUUCCAACAAGUACAGUUUUUGGCUGACCACAGUGGAGGCGACCAAUCAAUUUGCUGAGUCUCCCAUCUCCGAAACACUGAAAGCGGGUCAGCUCCAGACACGGGUGGGACGGUGCCAAGUCUGCAUGAAAAAUUUGUAGCAAAGGCCCGGACACGAGACCUUAUUUCUUUUAAGACCAAGAAAUUAGCAUUUGUGUCCUAGCUGGGCAAUUGACAUUUUCCCAAAUCUCUCCAGAGCCUUCCUCGUCUCCAUCAAAAUAUGGUGCUAUCUUUCCCCCUUGUUUUUAUCUUCCUGGCUACCUCAAAGUCUUUUUCUACUUUCCCAACUAUCACAAUCCCUUGGCAUUGAUGUACUAAACUGAUUUUCUCACAAGAUACGCGGAUCUUGGGCAAAGAUUUCUUCUCAAGCAUAUGAUCGUUAGGGUCUUCCCAUGUUAAGGAUUUAAGACAUGUCAGGAUUUUCACAAAUGUUUUUGGCUGCAUGCACACACUCCUCUUCUAACCAUGUUCCUCAUUCAUAUUCAGCUUAAGUUAACUGCUUAUUUUAGGCCUAAAGAAUAACAUACUGUCCGGAAGUGUUUCUGUUCUAUGAUCAGUGGUAUGAUCAGAUUUGAAGGUUCAGGUUUGUGAAAUAGUUAACUAUGUUGAUCAAAGCACUGCUAUUAAGCAGUGAAGUGACAAUAAAAUAAAAUAAACUUGUUAGGAGAGGACAGUAUUGGGAUUUUCCAUCCGUAACAUGAGGAGCAGGCUUAUUAGAAGAAUAAUAAUAUGCAUCUUUUGGCAUAGCAUCAACCUGAGGAUUUUUUUAUGGUGAUAAUGCAGUUUGGUUUCACCUGCUUGAUUAUUCAGCCCAAGAAUGUUAAAUCUAGCACUGUACUAGCACUGUUACUACUCUGUGUAAUGUUUUCUUACGAACGUUUCCCUCUCAGCUUAUUUGUUAAUGUGCCACAAGUAGCAUUCUUUCGUGGCAUCCAGUGAUGCUACUCACAGACUUCCCCCCCCCCCGAACAUGAUAAAUCUUGGCUCAGAUGCCAAAGUAUAACUUGAAUUUAUCCAAUGAGACAGCUGCGUCCUUUCUAUGCUGGGACAUCUGAAUGCUUUCUGGGCUCAUGAAUCAUAGUUUCAUGUUGCAUCCCGACCAGUGGUGGGAUUCAGAUAUGUGAACAACCAGUUCUCUGUGUGGAUGCCACUUCCGGAAGUCCAUUCUGGGCCUGGGCAACACAAAAUUAGCUACCGGUUCUGCCGAAGUGGUGUGAACCGGCUCAAUCCCAUGACUGAUCCAGACUGAGAAACGAGGUACUUCAAGUAUGGUAAUGUUGCAAAUUGUUAAUGUGUUCCACUCUGAUAACAAUCAACCCUUGGCUUGGUCAUAGCUAAGGUUAAUUAACCAACAAAAAUUCUUUAGAUCUGAUGGAGUGAAAAGAAAAGAGAAUGGCAAAGAGGUCCAGCACAUAUGCUCACUCAACGAAGGUAGAUGCAGACUUGACUAUUGUGGACUAGGAAGCAACUGAACGUAUUACAUGAUUUACUAAAGGAAACUAUGUUAAAAAUGUAGAAAAGUCUGAGGGGCAUCUCCUGCCAAUCUGAGCUACAAUUCUGCUUGUUAUGAAUACUGAACAUAGGAAAGGCUUGGUUUACAUCUCCUAAAUUAUCCUGGUAUUCCAGCUAGGAACGAAUGGAUUAGUAAAUUAGCAUGUUUUCUAAUUUCUGUCACAGCUUAAUUCUGAUGUUUCUUUGUCCACAACUGCACGGUCAAGUUGUGAUCUGCUACCUGUGUCUUCGCUCACUUCCUUGAGUAGUGUCCACCCUGCUUAACUCUUUGACUCCCUUGGUUCUACAUUUUAAUGUCUGUUUUGUCCUUUUUUAUACAAGCUGUUUUUACAGUCUCAGCCCAUCUGUUUCCACCUGGAGAAUGGGUCAGAUCAAUCACCUUUAAGACCAUCUUAAUUCCUUAAUAGCAUACUGAUAUCAGACGUUAUAAAAAUGUUCUUGGACUUUAUACAGCCAUUAGAUGUUGAUCCAUGAAUAAUCCACUAUUACAGAUGUUGGCAGAGGACCUUCAUGUUUAUAUGACAGACAUAUUACUCCAUUUGCAGUAGGUGUAUAAGCUAGAGCCACAGUUACUAAUCUUUAAUGAAAAGUUUCAAAGAUCGUGACUUCAACUGUCUUUGUUCUCUAGUUGUAUAUAAGUUGAAAAAGUCACCUAUUGAUGAUUCAGUUGUAUGUAUGGAUUUCAUUUCCACAAUAAUAUUUCACACUUUUUGAGGUAGCCUUGGAAUUGCUGGUGCUUGAAAUAAUAUAGUAUUAAAUAGGUUAUUUUUAUGUAAAUGUAACAGAGUAGAACUUGGAUGAACUGCCAACAUUAUGGUUUUCUUGAUUUUAUUUUUGCUAGUCUUGCGUUUUGUAAUGCACUGCUGAAAGUAUCUUCAGAGCACUGAUUAUAUUUUGACUUAUUUUUUUCCCCUAAAACGUAGUAAAACAGGAUGUCCGUUUUGUGAGUUA